CCGACCUUUCACUUACUACACUACUACACUACUCCAUCACUUACUUACCUACCACCCACCCAAAUAUACAUACACUACAAAAUGUCCUCCCUAGCAGACUACCUCGCGAAAAACUACCUAAACGCGGACCCCGCGCCCGACCGUCCUAAGAAGAAACGCAAGAAGAACAGCUCCAAAACCACCGAUUCCACACCCACCGGUCUCAUCAUCGCCGACGACGACCCGCCUGAUCUCCGCUCCGCAGGCAAUAAUCUCCUUAAUGAUGACGAGGACGCGCCGUCAAUAGUCAGGGGUGCUCGGACGGGCGAGUUCCGACGGAAGAAGACCUCCGGGUGGAAGACUCUUACACCGGGUGGUACUGAGCAAGACGCGGCGGAUAAGAUAUUAGCGGAUGCGAUAGCGGAGAGGGAGGAACGGCGACGCGAACAAGGGGGUGGUGAUGAGGGGGAUGAUGAUGCGCCGGUUGUGGAGGGGAUGGAGGAAGAUGACGAUGAUGGAGGGGUGAAGAUGGAGUCCGGGGCGCGGGCGGGAUUACAGACGGCGGCGCAGACGGCGGCGAUGGUCGCUGCGCAGGAGAGGAAGAAGAAGGCGGAUGCGGCGAAGUAUAAGGAGUCAGCGUUGGGGGAGAAAGCGCAGGAGACGAUUUAUCGUGAUGCGAGUGGACGGAUUAUCAACGUUGCGUUGAAGAGGGCGGAGGCGAGACGGGCGGAGGAGGAGAAGAAGGCUAAGGAGGAAGAAGCGAAGGAGGCGCUGAUGGGUGAUGUGCAGAGGAGGGAGAGGGAGGAGAGGAAGCAGCAGUUGAGAGAUGUGAGGGCUAUGCCGUUGGCGAGGACGGCGGAGGAUGAGGAGCUGAAUGAUGAGUUGAAGGGGAAGUUGAGGUGGAAUGAUCCGGCUGCGCAGUUCUUGACUAGUGUUAAGGAGGGAGGGACGAGUCGGACGGGCAAGCCGUUGUAUAAGGGAGGGUUUGCGCCGAAUCGGUAUGGUAUUCGUCCUGGACAUCGGUGGGAUGGGGUGGAUCGCGGGAAUGGGUUUGAGAAGGAGUGGUUUUUGGCUAGGAAUCGGAAGGGGAGGUUGGAGGCGCUGGAUUAUCAGUGGCAGAUGGAUGAGUAGUGUAUUGUAUUAUGGUAUGGUGUUGCUUUGUACUUUGGGAUUGGCAUCUGGUGCUGGACGCUAGAUGGAUAGUAAUAUGGAUUGCAUGCAUGGUGGUGUUUUGCCGGAAAAAUACAUUGUUUGGUUUACUAUGAUUGAUAUCUGGUUCCUAAUGUAGAGG